AUGGAUGACUUUUUUUCUACCUUAAAUUACUUAAAUAACCCUUAUAGAGGGGCCGCCCUGCAGCUGGCCCCGCUGAGCCUUGCCUCGGCCUCCCUGCAGCUCUUCAGCUGCACCUGGUACCGCGGAGACUCCGCCGAUCUGCACCCGGGCCCGCCUUCGGGCCGCCGCCUGGCGCUGCUGCGCCUCCUGCACCUGGGCUACCUGCAUAGACGUGUCCGGGCCCUGAAAGUGGGAUUUGCCCCGUGGAAGCAGGACGAGCCAGCGGAGUUUGACCUCGACUAUGCCAACUUCAUUUCCAUGGAUAUCAGUAUGCUGCGGCUCUUCGAGGCCACCCUCCAGCUCACCCUGGGACUUCACAUCACCCUGUGUACGGGCAGAGUGGAAUACUAUCAGUGGAUAGGCAUCGGCACAGCCUUCAUCUGCAUUGCGUGGGCCUUGCUGGAUUAUCACCCGGCCCUGAGGAGCUGCCUGCUCACCAAGCCGACCCUGGGUCACUUUUCGUCCACCGUCUGCUCCCUGUGGAACCUGCUGCUGCUGUGUCCCCGCAUCGUGGCGCUGGCCCUCUUCACCACCGUCUUCCCUAGGUACAUCGCUGUCCACUUCCUGCUCCUCUGGGUGGUCUUGCUCCUCUGGGUGUGGCUGCAGAACACAGACUUCAUGCCAGAAGUCGCGUCAGAGUGGGCGUUCCGGGGCACCGUGGCGGUCAUUCUGUACUUCUCCUGGUUCAAUAUGUCAGAGAGCAGGACUCGGAGUCGCAGCAUCAUCCAUUUCUGCUUCCUUGCGAUGGACAGCGCCCUCUUGGGCGGCACGUGGCUGGCACACACUAUCCUGCUGCCCAGUCCCUCCCUGUUGCCAUGGCUACUGCCUGGGGCUGCACUCAGCUUCCUGCUGGGCCUGGGGCAGCGGGGCGCCUACUACCAGUGUCUGCACCCCAGUCGCCAAAUGGAAGCCUUAGACGAGAGGAAUGGGACCCGGGGCUUCGCUCUCCAGGAUUGGCACCUGAACAGGCGGAUGGCCAAACUCGCCCAGAGCUUCUUCCCCAGAGCUGCCCCUGCCAAGAGUGAGGAAGUGAAGGUGUCCUCUGACCUGGGACUGGGACCAAGCCAAGCUGUGUGA